AGAAGAAGAAAUACUGCGCAUGCGUCGAAAACCUGAUCGAGGAGAAGGUAGUGUUGGGAGGACCGGCCUGUUGCAUUGCUACGUUUUCCUUCAAUAAUUGGUGUCUGGAGGUACACCAAAGGCUCUAGUAAUGUAAGAUGUCUUCAGGAGAGGACCGCACACACCACUGGCUGUUGACCAGCCCAGGACCUGGGGAGGCUGUUGUGGAGGAAGAUCCAAUGGUCGAAGACGUCCCUCCAGCUCCUCUCCAUUACCCCCUUGCUGCAUCAGGGGAGGAUCCCUUGGCAGCCACCCCCAGUGAUGCCCCAGAUGAAGGCAUUGUGUCUUCACCUGUCAACAGUCUUGAUCUGGACAGAGACUCUCCGCUAGGAGGCCCCCUUGAUGACGAUGAUGAUGAUGGUCCCCCCAGCAUAGAGACACAGCUGCCUGAGAAUGUGGAUGACCUUGAGGUGUCUGGCAUCACCUCCACCUGGAUAAGCUCGGGAGGGAGUCACUUUGGCACUGCCCACCCUGGCCUAGGCUACUCAGUGCUUAACAAUGAGCAGCCCGAUGCUGACUCCUCCGAGCUGAGUGAGAUGCCAGGGCUGGAGCCAGGGGACUUUGGGGUUGGUCCUGUCUAUGGUCCUCAGAUGCCAGGCAGUUUCAGCAGCCCCGUCCAUGAACCAGAGAUCUUGUCCUAUGGAGAUGUUGCAGACGAUAAUGCAGUCAGUGGGAUCUGUGGCCUUCGCAACUUGGGUAACACUUGCUUCAUGGCUGCAGGAAUACAGUGCCUGGUCAACACACCUCCCAUUGCUCAGUAUUUCUUCAGUCACCAUCACACACACAACAACAAUAAUGUGAAUUACUCCCUUGCUGCUCAAUUCUCCCAACUCACACACAAGAUUUGGUGUGGCAAGUAUUCCUCCCUCAGGCCGGCAGACUUCAAAGAUGCUUUUGGGCAGCAGUGGCGAGACUUCAGAGAUUACAGACAGCACGACUGUCAGGAAUUCGUGACUCUUCUCCUUGAAACACUACGAAAACAAAUGUGCCUGAGUGAUGAUGGAGGGGGAGGGAAGGGUGUGGAGGGUGUCAAGGGGAAGAAAACCAAGUGUGUGGCAGACAGUGGAAGUGGAGUGGCCAGUAGCAGCAGCAGCAGUAGCAGUACCAGUAGCAGCAGCAGUGGCAACAGCAGAAGUAGUAGUAGUAGCAGCAGUAGUACCAGCAGCAACAAUAACAAUAGCAAUAGAGCUGAAGGAAGCAGAGGAAGCCAACAGUCAUACUCCAGCCCCUCUUCCCCACAGUCACCCCACUGCCCCACCUCCCCACAGUCCCCUCGCUGCCCACACUCCCCUCAUCUACUCAAACAACCACUAGAACUUCGUAGUGACUCACAUGAAGAAACAGUUGGUCUGGACAGUGGUGCAGCCUCCCCAAAGAGUAGCGUGUCCAGCAGCUCUGUUGAUGCCCACCUGGUUAACCUCAGACUCCAACCCAUCCCAGAGGAAGUGCGUGCGUUGGGCCCCUGUUGCCGCAUGAACACCUCCUGUGAUGAUCUCUCCCUGGCUGGCACAACUAGUUGUCACGACGCUGAGAGUGUGACAUCAGAUGUGUCAGACCCAGCAGAGGUGAGCAGCGCCAGUGUCCGCCGCUACAACCAGCUUGGCACCAGUGGAGGAAGCAGUGGUGGGGAAGUCUGUGAUGGUUCUGACUGUGAUAUCAGCUCGACCUGUAACCUGGUUAUUCCUGAUUUGCUUGCCACAUUACCCUGUCACAGCAUAUCCGAUAUGGAGAAGAACCAUAUUCAGGAGUCACUUCGUCAGGAAAGAGCACAUCAGCAGCACCAACAGCAGCAGCAGCAGCAGCAGCAUCAACAAAUGCAGCUUCAAGAGGGAGAGGAGUCUUCCUUGAGCCAGCCAAGUCAAUCAGAUCCAAGUAGCAAUAGUGCAGGAUGUUCUGGGUUUGUUCUCCCACACUCAUCGUUUGUCAAGCUGGAGGACAUCAUGAAGGAGUCCAAGACAUCCAAUGUCAAUGUGCUGGUGAAGGACAGUAACCCAGCCAACAAUGAGCUGCUGUUUGACUCAGAAAAGUAUGCUAAGUAUGAGAAAACACGGCUCAAAAACAGCCUGGACAAUCUGUGCAAGUCUGGAGUGAAGCGUGUGAAGGAAGUCAACCUGCUGCAGGAGGGGCGGUGCAGCAGAGUAGCAGUGCGGUCUGGGGCAGAGCGCGAUGAUGGGGAUGAGAGGGACAGACUCACCAUAAACAAACGGAUGCGGCUGGACGAGAAGAAUAUCCAGUACGAGUUGGAAAAAUCUCAGGGGGCUGCUGUGGAGAGAACAGCAGAUAGCUCAAGUUCUACCUCAGGUGGGGAGACACACACAGUACCUCACUCCCCUUCCAGGCUGACUCAGGAGCAGCGGCAGGCAGAUCUCACUUGGAAGUCAUUUGUUGGUGAGGCCAAGAGCACCGUGGUGGACACCUUCUAUGGACAGUUCAGGAGCUCGUUGGUGUGCUCGGUUUGUGGACACACAUCUGUCAAGUAUGAUCCCUUUGGAACACUUUCUGUGCCUCUUCCCUAUGCCAAUCAAAUUCAGAUAACGGUGACGUACAUCUCCAGCAGCAACAGUCCCCCAACCCGAUACCUCAUCACCUUGUGCAAGGUAUCAUAUGUGAGUGACCUGAAGGCUGCCCUGUGCAAGAUGGCAGGCCUGGACUCCCCAGAACACCUUGUGGUGGCUGAGGUUUUUGACAAUCAUAUUGCAAGGAUUGUGGAGGAUGGGUACAUGACCAAGUUCCUGAACUAUAAUCUGCGCAACAUCUACACCUUUCAUCUGCCGCCACCACCACCAAGCAUUGAGGAGGAGGUGCCUCAGGUCUCCCCACCAACCUCUUCUGACAAGGUGCUGAAUGUUUCCCCGGAGAAGGCAAGUGGGGCGAGUGGUAGUGAGAGUGGCCGUGCUGGGGGCAACCACUGGAGGUCAUGCACCAUCUGUUUAGAAGAGAUGUGUCAGACGGAGCUCAAGACCCACCACACCUGUGAGGCAUGUUUGUUGUGUGAUGGCUGCAUUGAGAUGUCCUGCAAGCACCAAGGUGGCGGAGAGAGCCUAUCCUGCCCCGUGUGUCAAGCCUCACUAUCUCCGUCAGAUCUCAUACCUGUGGAGCGUAGAAAGAUAGAGAAGCCAAAAGCGAGGAUACUGCGUGUACCCUUGGUGUUCCGCAUGGACCAGGAGAGCGACAACAACAAUAAACGGUGCAUGCAACUUCUCGGCCACCCAGCCUUGCUUGCCCUCCCCUCACGACUUAGUCCCACCACCCUCACUCAGACCCUUGCCCCAAGAAUACCUCCAGGCAGCAAUUACUCCCUGCUGUUUGUGGAUGGGAGGGGAUAUAACUGUUCCCGCUGUCUCUUCUCAUCCCACUGCCGGGGUUGUGAGGUGUUGGGAGGGUCGGAAGUGGUGCUACAGGCUGGAGAUACUCUCUGUGUGCGGUUCACCUCCCUCUCCCCAGAACACCACCAAGUGCUUGCCUCCACUCUUGACCACCCGUCUCUCAAUGACCUCCGGCAGAACGUUCCACUCACUCUUUACGACUGUUUGCGAGCCUUCACACAAAGUGAAACUUUGGAGGAAGCUGACUCUUGGUUCUGUCCAGUGUGUGUCCGCAAGCAACAGGCAACUAAGACUAUAUCAGUGUGGCGCUUCCCUCCCUACCUCAUCUUACAUCUGGAAAGAUUCUUAUUUCAUGGCACAAUGAGCACAAAGCUCGAUGACAAAGUGAUCUUCCCUCUGGACGGGCUGGACCUGUCAGACUAUGUGGCUGGAGACACCAAUACUAAUCAGCAGUAUAACCUGUAUGCCUGUGUGUGUCACAUGGGAGUGGCCCAGGCUGGGCAUUACACAGCCUUUGCCCGAAGUCCUGUCACAGGAGAGUGGCACUACUUCAAUGAUGACUCUGUAACAAGACAGAAACCUCGGGAAGAAGAAUACUCCACUUCUUACCUCCUCUUUUACCACCGGCAAGGUACAAACUUUGACCUUCACCUACCCCAACAUUUUGCCUUUGUGGAGAGUGGCUUGCCCAAGACCAGCCAGAGAGAUGAAGAGGAAGAUGUUGGGUGCAGUAGCAGGGCCAGCCCAAGGGACUUCAUUGGUCCCCUGCCAGCCCUGAGUGAAGCAGCAGCCCAGGAACCAGAUGAAGGACAGGGACAGGCACCAGUGUUUCAGAUCAACAAGAUGCCUGACCUGAUCAACUGAAUGGUUGUGUGAGGACUGUGAAGAGAAGAAUACAAUUGAGGAGUGAGUGUGUCCUGUGAUUAAGGAUGGACUUCUAUGAGAAACUGGGGUUGUGAUGUUGCCAAGGUCUCAAGAGUGUAAGGAAAGCUUGUUGUAUCACACAAAGAGACAGAGGGAUCCGCCUUUGUAAAUGGGAACACUGUUGAAAUUUGGCUUCCAGUGGACCUGUUAAGGAAACCAGUGAAAUACUUUAUUAUUACCUACCUUUGAUGAGGUGCUGCAAAGACCCCAAGAGGAGCCUGACUGAUGUGUGCAAGUAUUGAUGGUCAGCCAUAUGAUGAUGAUGAUGUUGAAGGUUUUUAGGUUUGGUCUUGUGAUAACUCAAAGGGAAACAUGAAUGUGUUUUUCUUGUAACUUACAUUCUUCACAUGUGCCCUGUAUGGUGCUUUAGGCUGCUCCCAACAAUGCAAAAUUCUUGUGUGCUUUUGGUUGCCUCAGAUCCAUGAAGACCCACCAGCACCUCAACACUGUUUCCUCAGGUGGAAACAUUUGGGCAGAAGAAAAGGGCAAAAUGAAUUGAUCACCAAAUGUAGUGGAUCUGCUCUUCAUGUACUUUCCACAUGUCCAUUUAUAUACUUUCUGUUGUAGAACUCUCAUAUCUAGAGGAAUCUUGACAGUCAGCAGCCAAGCAGCAGCAUGUAGUGGCUGCUCAGGAUAAGUCUGUUUAUACCAGUUCCCAGAAAAUCUGGAGACAUCACAAGGCAUGCAUCACCCUCAUCAUUAGUCUUUACUGCUCCCAGAACUGCUUUCAUUACCAGCAGGAGAUAAGCAAGAGAUUGGAGCUCUUUAUUCACCUGUUGGGCCAGAGUUCAUGUUCUUUUGUGCUCUGGAUAGCUACCGAUAGAAAUCUUUAUACAGCACCACAUUACCAUUGCACCAAAAGAAGAUCUUGUAUAUAUCAUAAUUGAACUCAUUGCAAAACACUGGCAUGGUGCCAGCAGCUGUGUAAAUUUUUUGUGCUGGGUCUGGGGAUUUCGUCUUUUCUGUUGUUUCAUGACAAUUCAUAAGCCUUGAAACUGAACUUGAUGCCUGUCCAGGAGUCAAUUAAACUGCAUGUGUGUGUGUCUAUGAACACUGAAUCUUGUAUGACUGGCUGUUCGGCCUAUACAAGUGGGCUACCUUUCCUCCUCCAUCUGAUGCUUUCCAUUCCUAGUCUGGAUCCCCUUGUCCUCUCUGGCAUGAAGAUUGAAAACUCAAGCUAUAAUUGUAUUGAGGCACAAUGACCACCAUUACCUACAGUAUAUGUGGUGCAGAUAUCCUCAUGUACCCAUGUGUAGCAGGAGGACAAGUAGAUAUUUCUUCAGAUCAAGGACUCAGAGACUCAGAGCUGGGCCUGAUCUGCCUAUGGUCCAGGAACACUCAACAGGCUUGUGGCUCUGUUGAAUAUAAGUGUGAAUGGCUGUGUUACCCAGUCCAUUGGGUGAUUUGUUUUGUCUUUCACUGUCAUACUUUUUUUUUUCUGCCCCCUUCCUUGUGGGAAAUGGGGUAAUGAUGUAGUUUUGAAAAAGGGCACUUUUAUGCUAUUAGUCUGUUAGGAUGAAGUUAUGCUGCAUAACACUGCAGUGGAUUUUGUCACAAAUUAGAACAUCCAAUAGGGUAUGAUCAUGAUUUAGUGUUUUCUUCAUAUAUUAAGUUCAGGGUGUCCUAGUGAUGUGGCCCGUGAUGGGGCGUCAGUGAGGAGUGAUGGAGCGCUGCCAGACACGACUGGUCUUGGCAAAGGGUGCAAGGUGACUGUUGCUCCAGAGUGGGUGUUUGUUCCUCUUCUGUGAUAAAGCGAGAACUGAAGGAUUUUUGUUUCUUUUUUAGAGUAUUGAUCUGUUAUGGAGCUAUGAAGCUUUUACAUGGCAGUCUGCAUUUGUAUCUAUAGAAAUAUUGCAUAGUGGGUAAUCAAUGUAGUUGUGCAUUCAGAGGGUUGACAGUGAGAUGCUAAUGACAUGCCAGUUAGUAUGAAGAAUAAAUUGCUAUAUUGUUUGUAUUAUGCAAAUUUUCUGUCCUGUUCAGUACUCUCGUCUUUCACUUGGUAUUGCGGAGCUUUAAUUACUUAUUGAGGUAGUGUACUGUGACUCAAGUAUGGAUUAUGUUGGAAGUGAUGGGUAGUGUGUGGUAGUGGUUGUGGUGUGGUGGUGUGGGUCAGGAGUGCAGGGUGGAUGGACCAAGUGCUUUUGCUGCACUGCUGUUGAAGCCUUCUUACUAUAGUCAUGUGAAGUAAUAUUUUUAACAAUACCUUCAGUGAACUGCAUUUGGUUUUAAAAGUAUGUGUGUGUGAAGUUUGUGCAAUAUAAUGACUAGAUGAAAGUAUCCACGUUUAAUCUCUGCUGAAAUAUGUACUAUAUAUUUUUAUUUUUAUGAAAAUUAAAAAAACUGUCACGAGUGUAUCACUGCAUAAGUUUUGCUUUUGACUAAAAGUGUUUAAAUAGGUUGCAGGAACAUGAUGCUUUGAAUGUUUUGCCCAUUUUCUAAAGAAUUUUCCAGGAAUACAUUUAGCAUCGUAGAACGACUCUGCCACUCGUUUACUGCAACUGUAAUUAGCCGUUACCUUAACCCUAGUCUCAGCCAUUUCUUGUAAUGUUGGAUCUGACCAAUCACCAGGAAGGGACACACCUCAUGGGGCUGGAGAAUGUAGGCCACUUGGAGGUGUGUCUCAUCCUCACCUGUGUCCAUGUGGCACAGUCAUCUCAGGGAAUAUGUACCCUAAGCUGCCUCUCUUCCACCAAGACACUGCAUCUUGUACAUAAGCUGGCCUCCCCCUCACUCCCCACCUGCCAUGCUGUGUAUACUCCAGUCUUAUAGUGUAGUGCGCUGAGUUGCCCCACAGUACAAACUUGAUUACACUCCCUUUUGUAUUAUUUCCAGUGUUGUUGGUUCGUUUUAAGCUAGCUAGUGACAGCCUUCUCUCCCCCACCACCUCAGUGCUGCUAUGUUGUGUGUACCUCAUGCAGUGUCCUCAUGCAGUUCAUGUUAGACCGUGUAUCAAGGUAUUGGCAUCCUUGAAGGCUUUCGAGCUAUUUUAUGUCCUGCUUCUGUGUUGUAGUAAGUGAUCUUAAUACUACCAUAUUUAUUUUGUACAGUGAUAAAUGGCUGCUCAUUGAUUUACAGCUUUGAUAAUUGUACAUACUGUUUUACUACUGUAUUGACACUUACUGCGAAACACAAUUUUUACUAGUUGUGAAUCAUUUAGUACGUACUUUGUGUUAGACGUCUGGUUAUAAAGUUUAAAAGUUUGUCAGUGUAUGAGUGUUUUGUACUGAUAAUGCUUGACAGGAUGUUUACUGUACUGAUGUGAUGACAGGUUGCCAAGUAUAACCGUCAAGAGGAACCUUUCCAAAUACACAUUUCUGCUGAAA